AUGAAGCGAGCAAUUCUUCACGACUUACAGUGUCUGCUUCAUGAACAUCAUACGUUGGUCAGGUUGUUUAAGAGUGCUUUAGAGCUCAUGCCAAGUGAUGACUAUAAAGUUGUCAUCAGAGCAGAUAAACGAUCAUCUGGAACACACGAAAGGACAUUUAAUGCUCCAAUAGUAGACGAAGUUGCCAUCCUGAUUGUUGGUGAACAAUUGGAAAAACGCGAUAUUGUGCUUUCACGUCGCGAUACUGGGCAACUGCAACAAAUAUCUGAAACACAUCGAUCAUAUGACUCAUUGCAAUACCCGCUGAUGUUUUGGCAAGGAGAAGAUGGAUAUUAUUUCAAUAUUAAAAUGAAAAAUCCAUUGAAUGGCGAAGAAACUAUAAAGAAUGUUAGCUCGAUGAAUUAUUAUGCAUAUCGUUUGAUGAUUCGUCAAAAUGCUGACAACUAUUUGCUGCGGUUUCGUCGAUUGUUUCAGCAAUAUUGCGUUGACAUGUAUGUAAAAAUAGAAACGGAACGUUUAACAUUCAUUAGGUUCAACCAAGCCAAACUGCGUUCUGAGGACAUCCAUUUACGUGAUGCAGUUAGUACUGAAGGAAAUGCAGCUAAUAUUUUGGAAAGAAUUCAGCCUGACCAAAUAGAUGACAUCAUAUGUGCCGAGAUUCCUGAUUAUGAAGUCGAUCCAGACCUACAUGAUGUUGUUACUUCUAAUAUGAUUCAUGGACCGUGUGGUGCCGUCAAUCCCCAAUCACCUUGCAUGGUCGAUGGAAAGUGCUCUAAACGAUAUCCACGGCAAUUAACAGCGGAGACUGUCACUGGCAAUGAUGGUUAUCCGCUUUAUCGUCGUCGAUCACCAGAUGACAAUGGUCAAGCUGUCACAACAAAAGUGAAAAGAAUGGAUUUCGUUGUUGACAACAGUUGGAUUGUUCCAUAUUCGCCGCUAAUUUCUAAAACGUUCAAGACGCAUUGCAACAUUGAAUACUGUAAUUCAGUUAAGUCCAUCAAAUAUAUUUGCAAAUAUGUCACGAAAGGCAGUGAUAUGGCUGUUUUUGGAUUGCAAUCCUCGAAUGACAACGAUGAAAUUUCACGCUAUCAAGUUGGUCGUUAUGUGAACUGUAAUGAAGCGAUUUGGCGUAUAUUCGCAUUUCCCAUUCACGAACGUCAUCCUACUGUUAUGCAUUUGGCGGUGCAUCUGGAGAAUGGUCAACGAGUAUAUUUUACGGCUUCAAAUGCUAUGCAACGUGCUGAAACACCUCCAGCAACUACAUUAACCAGUUUUUUUGCAAUUUGUCAAAGAGAUCAGUUUGCACAAACUUUGCUUUACUCGGAGAUGCCACGUUAUUAUACUUGGAAUGCUUUAUCGAAGAAUUUUCAAAGACGGAAGAAAGGCAAUGCGGUUCCUGGGUAUCCAGAUGUGCGUUCUACUGAAGCUCUUGGUCGAAUGUAUACAGUUCAUCCAAAGAAUAUUGAAUGUUUUUAUUUGCGGCUGUUGCUGGUAAAUGUGCGUGGGCCAACAUCAUUUGAGUCACUACGAACUGUUAAUCAUGUAAUAUUUCCAACAUAUCGUGCUGCAUGUGAGGAAUUGAAAUUAUUAGAAAACGAUAGUCAUUGGGAUACGACAAUCGCUGAAACCAUUAUCUCUGCAUCUCCAAGCCAGAUACGCACAUUAUUCGCUAUAAUUAUUUCGACAUGUUUUCCAUCAAAUCCAUGUAACCUGUGGCACAAAUACAAGGAAAUAUGUCAGAAGAUAUUUUACAUCAAAUUCGUGUUAGUUCUAGAAAUUUCGAUAUUGAGAUGA